CCUGCCGCUAUGAGUGAAAGUGCUGCCACAGCAAGUAAUUUUCGCAGUCCCGUUAUAUCGGAGACGAAUCUAAUACCCCCAACGGGUCUGGGUGGUGUUGGUGGCAAUAGUAUGAUCAACAACAACAGUGGUGGCAAUUUGACAUUGAGGACCCCGGCUGGUAAUGUCAGAUCAUUAGGGAGCGGCGGCGGCCCACCACCACUGCCGGUAGCACCAUCGGCAUUUGGUGCUGCUGGUGGUGGAUAUGCAAGUGGUUAUGGAGUGGGUGGAUAUGGCAGCGGAGGUUAUGGCUUUGGAAGUAGUUUCGGUGGUAUGGGUGGCUAUGGCGGUUAUGGUAGUUAUGGCAGUGGCUAUGGAGGUUAUGGUGGAUUUGGUGGUGGUUACGGAGGCUUCAAUCGUUAUGGUGGUGGCAUGAAUCCCAUGGAUCCGGAGGCCCGUUUCAUACAAUUAGCAGAGGCCAGUUCACGCCCCGCCUUCCAAAGCAUCGAAUCAUUGGUUAUGGCCAUUGGCAACAUUGCUUCCAUGUUGGAUUCAACAUUUUUUGCCCUGACCAGCAGUUUUCGUGCCAUACUAGGAGUGGCUGCCAAUUUUGGCCGUUUGCGUGGUGUUUUCUCACAAUUUUGGCAUACAUUUGCACUGUUCCGUGGCAUAACAUGGCUGUACAGAAAGCUGCUCUAUUGGCUACGUUUGUCCAAUAUUGAUCCCUCAUCGGAAUCGUUUAAAAAAGCUUUUGCCGAAGCCCUAAAUGAAACCUCAGCCCAGCAGGGUGCACCUAAAUUGCCACGUAAAGGACAAUCGCCCUGGCCAGUGGUGGCAUUUUUGAGUUUCAUUUUCACAGCGCCAUAUUUAAUAAUGAAAUUGUUGGGAACAGUAUCGCAGACAGCUCAAGAAGAAGCCCGCAAUCCCAGCAAAUGGAUACAACCCAUAGAAUCUGUAGCUCUCUACGAUUUCUUGGCUAGAAAUUCUUCUGAGCUAAAUAUAUGCAGUGGUCAGCGUGUAAGAAUUGCUCCCAAAGAAAUACAAAAUACAUUGGGUCUGCUAAAUACCGGUUGGGCCAUGGCCACAACAGAUGGACAAAAUGCGGGAAUUAUACCAAUUAACUAUGUCAAAUCACCGCAACAAAUGCGUCAGGAACAAUUAACGAAACCCGUACUGGAUGUACAACCCCCACAACAAGAGAUGGCAUCAAUGCCACAACCACAAAUUCCCGAAAUGCCAACAACAAAUCACAACAAUUUAGAAGCUGCUACAACACAACCGCAAUUAAUGAAUCUAUCACCCAAUGCCUUUCCAUCACCGCCUGCCACCAGCAACAACUCAGCGGCCUUAGUUGAUGAUUAUGAUUUUGAAAUUGCACCCCAGCCAGUGGGACCUCCCCAAACAGCUGAUGUUGCCCUGCAAAAUGCUUUUUAA